GCGAUGCCCGCGGUGCCUGCGAUACAGCCACAAUGCCGCGGUGCCAGCGAUGCCCGCGGUGCCUGCGAUACAGCCACAAUGCCGCGGUGCCUACGAUACAACGACGAUGCCGCGGUGCCAGCGAUGCCCGCGGUGCCUACGAUACAACGACAAUGCCGCGGUGCCAGCGAUACAGCCACAAUGCCGCGGUGCCAGCGAUACCCGCGGUGCCUGCGAUACAGCCACAAUGCCGCGGUGCCUGCGAUACAACGACGAUGCCGCGGUGCCAGCGAUGCCCGCGGUGCCUGCGAUACAACGACGAUGCCGCGGUGCCAGCGAUACAGCCACAAUGCCACGGUGCCAGCGAUACAGCCACGAUGCCACGGUGCCAGCGAUACAGCCACGAUGCCGCGGUGCUAGCGAUGCCCGCGAUGCCCGCGAUGCCCGCGAUGCCCGCGGUGCCAGCGAUACAGUCAUGAUGCCGCGGUGCCAGUGAUGCCCGCGAUAUAGGAAGGAAACGCCUAAAAAAGGAAGUAUCUAAACAAUAAGCCACCAUCAGGAUAUUGCUAAAAUGCAUCAGGAGCUUCGAAUUCGUGCCCAAUACAGUGAUUUAAGCGGUUAUAUGCCUAUGUUGUGGUGGGCGUUGUAGGCGUUGUUGUGGGCGUUGCUCGCCCGCGCAGUAUGUGUAGCGCCUCCGACGUAUGCAACAGA